GAGAGAGAGAGAGCGAGAGAGAGAGAGAGCGAGAGAGAGAGAGAGAGAGCGAGCGAGAGAGAAUGGGAAGGAAGCCUUGUUGUUCAAAGGAGGGGCUCAACCGAGGUGCAUGGACUGCAAACGAAGACAAGAUCCUUGUCACCUACAUCUCAACUCACGGAACAACCAAAUGGGGAUCUCUUCCCAAGAGAGCUGGCUUGAAGCGAUGCGGGAAGAGCUGCCGGCUCCGGUGGCUCAACUACCUGCGGCCUGGGAUCAAGAGGGGGAACAUAUCGGACGACGAGGAGGAACUCAUCAUCAGACUUCACAAGCUCCUUGGCAACAGAUGGUCUCUAAUCGCAGGAAGACUGCCAGGGCGAACGGACAAUGAGAUCAAGAACUACUGGAACACCACCUUGGUGAAGAGACUGCAAGGUGGGUCGUCACAGCUCCCGAGUAAUCCAAGCCCCGCCACAGCCCAAUCCAAAGGGAAAGACACGGCGGUCGCCACGCCGCCGCCGGUGACCGGCUCGAAGGUGAUCCAGACCAAGGCAUUAAGGUGCACCACGGCGUUCUUCGGCCAAGAUACAGCCUGCAUGCCUCCGCGCUUGGCGCCAGAAGAAUCCGAUGGCUGCUCCAAGAUCUCUCCAUUUGGCUCUUCUCUGGACGUGGUUGCAGCCUUCCCUUCAAGCUCGGAUGCUUGGAAAGAGAGAGACGACGGCGUUCAAGUCGAGAACCCUGAAUCAAAAGAAGCCGAUGACGCCGCGAACAUGGGCUUCUAUCCAGACGACUUGAUGUCCCUCGAUGGAGCACUGAUUGGAAACUGGAUGGAGAAGGACCAGUUUCAGCAAGACAGCAUGUUAGAUGUCAAGCUUUUGGCUUCCAUCUUAGAAGCUGACGAACAGGGGUAUUGGAGCUGAGCAAAGGAGUCACCAUCUCCAGUUUGCAGCGUAAGCUUUCUACAUCGGGUGGCGAAACAGGGACAAAACAUAACCUUGCUGCUGGUACAAUACUGGAGCUGGAAGUGUAGGUACAAAGCAAUCACGUGUGGUUGUUUCAUCUUCAAUCUCGAACGCUUUGUGCUUCGCUGUAGCAAUAAGCCGCAAGAAUUGUUCUCAUGUUUCACCAAAGAAUUAGCUCUCCUAGCAACAGUCAUA